UCCAAAAGUAAUAUCCCUAACCUUCAGAGCUUGGAGUUUAUUUCAUCCUCUCAAAAGCAAAGGAUCGGCAUCAUGAUCAGUACUAAUGGAGGAGGAGACGGGAAAGUCGCGGUCUGCGUGACAGGAGCUUCAGGUUUCGUAGCUUCAUGGCUGGUCAAGCUUUUGCUACAACGUGGCUACACCGUCAAUGCCACUGUUCGUGACCCAAGUGACGAAAAGAAGACAACCCAUUUGCUAGGAUUGGAUGGAGCCAAGGAAAGGCUGCAUCUUUUCAAAGCAAACCUGCUGGAAGAAGGUUCUUUCGAUUCCGCCAUUGAAGGGUGCGUCGGAGUUUUCCAUACAGCUUCCCCCGUUGCCUUAUCCACCGCUGAUCCACAGGCGGAGAUGAUUGAUCCUGCGGUCAAAGGAACCCUCAACGUGCUCAAGUCCUGCGCCAAGUAUUCUUCAGUGAAGAGAAUGGUCCUAACCUCCUCUGUCGCAUCAGUUGUCUACACAGGAAAACCAGUUGACCAAGACUCAGUGGCUGAUGAGACUUGGUUCUCCGAUCCAGCAUUCUGCAAGGAACAUAAGCUCUGGUACCCACUUGGGAAGACCUUGGCCGAGAUGGCUGCCUGGGACUUCGCAAAGGAAAAUGGAAUCGACAUGGUGACAAUACAUCCUGGCUUCGUAAUUGGUCCCUUCUUACACCCAGCUCUCUGCACUUCAGUGGGCAUGAUUCUCAGUCUGGUUAAUGGAAACAAGACUUACCCAAAAUUUCAUUGCUGGUCGGUUGAUGUUAGAGAUGUUGCAGAAGCCCAUAUUAAAGCCCUUGAUCAUGAGAACCAAGUAUCAGCUUGUGGAAGAUACUGCUUGGUUGGAAGUAGUGUGCCAUUCUCACAAGUUUUGGGGAUUCUUCAUAAGCUCUACCCAACGUUGCCUCUAGCUGACCAGUGUGAAGAAGUGAAUAGUCUGAAGCUACCGGAGUUCGAGGCAUCCAGGGAGAAGGCAGAAGAUGGCUUGGGGAUCAAGUUCAUGCCACUAGAGGAGUCUCUCAAGGACACAAUUGAAUGCUUAAAGGAGAAAGGAUACCUUCAAUUCUGAUCUAGAUCAAGACUGUGCUUAACUAAUCGGUUCAAAAUGAAAACGACGUUAUUGUUGUAAUAUUUGUACCCCAUGCAAUCAUCUUUUGUGUAUGCUUAUUGCUUUCGAUAUAUUGAAAACGGAGUAUUUUAGUAGCUAUAAAAUCUGUCAUAGAAUAGAGUAAAUAAAGUCGAGUUAAUUUCGCAAAUGUUUAUUGAAUUGGUGAUUACUAGAUUUCAAUAAAGAAACUAAGCAAUCAUUCUGAUAGAAAGCGAGCAUUAUAAGGUAAUGAAUAGUAUUCAUUUUCCAGAGCUAAGUACGAAUUACACGGCACGUGAUAGUUACUUAGUACGUAUCAUGCAUGCAUGAGUUUUCGUAUCAUCGUGCACAGACAGGGGCGGCUUGCAUAGUUAACUACGUUAGGUUUCUGUAUUCCUUAACUAGUGUUUAUGUGAUUAGUUGACUCGGUCAAAAUUUUUCUAUUUGAAGCAAUUAUAUUUUUUAUUGAAUGAGUAAAUUUACAUCGAAAUGAGAAGCAAACAAGAAGAAAUAAAUAAGGAGAAAAAGGUACAACAAAACAACAAUUGAAACCAUAACCGAAUAGGUAGUAUCAUAGAAAAUUUGUCCAUAACAAUUAAUCAUAACCAUAUAUAAAGAAGACUCAUGCUGCAUUGAACAGUAAGUCUUGAGAGAUGAUUUUUUGGACAAAGUUCUAGUUGUAAUUUUUUUUUUGAAGUAUUCUAGUGACUAGUAGUGACAUAAUACCAAUCAGUCAUAUCUGAAAACAGUUGCAUUGCGUUCGAACCAUAUUCUCCAGAAGAUAGCAUGAGGAAGAGACGUCAAGCAUUUUGAGAAGUUAAUGUUGCUUGAGAGAAGUGGUCAUUCGAUUGUCACUGUCCAACAACUGUAUGAGAUUGGCCCAAUAAUACAUAGUCUAGUGAGUAGUGAAGAGGUAGUCUCAUAUUCAUAUUUGACACAAGAAGUGACAAUGAAGAAAUUUUAUCUUAUAAAUAUAUAUAGGGAUGGUUUGGAAGUUCCGAUUGUUAAAUAGAUGUAUUGUUGAGAAUGCAUGUAUAAUAUUAUAUAUGUAUUGUCGAAUUUGAUGCAUUGUAGAAUACAACGUUUGGUAUGUGUGAUUGUGUAUGUUUCAUCAGCUAAAAACUGAGACAAAGCAAUAUCAACUCAACUAUCUCAACAAUCACAACUAAAAGUUGAGAUAUAACAAUCACUCAAAAUGAGUGAUAGUUUCUGUCACAUUACAGAAACAAUCCAUGUAUUGUUUCUGCUAAAAAAACAAAAAAACGAUACAUUGUAAACAAUACAUGCAUAAUGACAAUCUCAACAAAACUAUCGCAACUUCCAAACGAUCCCAUAAUGUUCAAAAGGAUACAUCGAGCUUGCCUCCAUGAAUUUUUACAUUCUAAUUAUUUUUGAAGGCCAAUUUCAUAAAUAGUAUGAUAAUAUUCAUGACAACUUAGUCAAAUUAUCAAAAAUCGUUCUAUUUUCAUUUCUAGUAAAGUAUAUAAAAAGAAAAUGUGGGGCCGACAAAAAAAAAGACUUAUUUAUUUACUUUGUGAUGUUACUUAUCUUUCUGUCUUGAGAUACUCUUCUUCUCAUCAUAGCAAUUGAUUGAUUUUUUGCUUUGCGACGUUAUUGAUGUUCCUCUCUUUUCAAUUUCAUGUCAAUAAACAAUGGAUAAACAAUUCGAUGUCCUCGGUUAGGAAUUCAAACACAUAACAUCUAAUACCUAUAACAAUAAUCAAUUGAUAAUAAUAACUCAAAUUAUUAAGAGAAAUUGAAUAAUAAUCCAUUCUCAAACCUCCCAUCACAUCAGCUCUUAUUUAUACGUUAGGCAACAAUGAAUUAGUUCAGGAGUU